AACUGUUCGCAUAAAUAAAUAACUACGGCGCCGAGACACGACCCAAAUUCCAAUCGAAACACAAGAAGAAGAAGAAGAAAUUCAAUGGCCGCCGAUCGGGUUAAGACGACUCUUCUCCUCUUCUCGCUUCUAGCGGCGUCGACGGCGGCGUUGAACGUGACGACCUUGUCCUUCGACGACGGCUUCUCCCACCUCUUCGGCAACGACAACCUCGUUCGCUCCGGCGACGGCCGCGGCGCCCGUCUCAUCCUCAAUCGUUACUCCGGAUCGGGAUUUAUAUCGCGUGAUCUUUACCAUCACGGAUUCUUCAGCGCGUCCAUCAAAUUGCCCGCCGAUUACACCGCCGGCGUUGUCGUUGCCUUCUAUGCUUCCAAUGGCGACGUGUUCGAGAAGACACACGACGAGUUGGACUUGGAGUUCCUCGGGAAUAUCCGCGGUCGCGGAUGGAGAAUACAGACCAACGUUUAUGGCAACGGCAGCACCAGCCGCGGCCGCGAGGAGCGCUACGUCCUCCCGUUCGACCCCAUCGCCGAGGCACACCAGUAUUCUAUCCUCUGGACCGCCGACCGAAUCGUAUUCUACAUCGACGACGUGCCCAUUCGCGAGGUGGUACGGAGCGACGCCAUGGGCGGCGACUACCCGUCGAAGCCGAUGUCUGUCUACGCCACCAUAUGGGACGGCUCCACUUGGGCGACAGCCAACGGCAAGUACAAGGUAGACUAUAAGUACGCGCCCUUCGCCGCCGACCUCUCCGACUUGGUCCUCCAGGGCUGCCGCGUUGACCCCAUUCAACAGGCCGACUCCGGCCGCAGCUGCGCCGACGCGCAGGAAGAGCUUCGAGCCGCCGAUAUAGCCGUCAUGACGCGAAGUAAGCACGACGCCAUGCGGCGGUUCCGCAGGCGCUACAUGACAUAUUCUUUCUGCUACGACACCAAGCGCUACCCGGUGCCCUUCCCAGAUUGCGACAUCAUCCCCUCGGAGCAGAGUCGGUUCCUUGACUCCGGCCACUCGAAAUUUCGCCAGGACCUUCGGAGGUCGCGCCGCCAGAGCCGUAAGCCGAGGCCCGCCGAGGAGAUUAGCUAUUAAUGGUUAAAUAUAAUUUUGUGGACUAAUUGUCAAAUAAUAAUCAGAAUCAAUCAUGCCUUUCCUUUUUUGUACAUGACUAUUUGAUGAUCUUGCUGCUGGAAAUCGACAAUUCUUAUCUGA